AUGGCCCGCACCAAGCAGACCGCCCGUAAGUCCACUGGUGGCAAGGCCCCCCGCAAGCAGCUCGCUUCCAAGGCUGCCCGCAAGAGCGCUCCCUCCACCGGAGGUGUCAAGAAGCCUCACCGUUAUAAGCCUGGUACCGUCGCUCUCCGUGAGAUUCGACGAUACCAGAAGUCGACUGAGCUCCUGAUCCGCAAGCUCCCCUUCCAGCGUCUGGUUCGUGAGAUUGCCCAGGACUUCAAGAGCGAUCUCCGCUUCCAGUCUUCUGCCAUCGGCGCCCUCCAGGAGUCCGUCGAGUCUUACCUCGUCUCCCUCUUCGAGGACACCAACUUGUGCGCCAUCCACGCCAAGCGUGUCACCAUCCAGAGCAAGGACAUCCAGCUCGCCCGCCGCCUCCGCGGUGAGCGCAACUAA